AUGGCCGAAAAAUCUAUCACACCACCUAUCUCUGCCACGCGCUUAAAUCAAAUCGCCAACGAUGCUUGCCAGGCUGCGCUCGGAUCAGUUGAAUAUUACGAGCAUUCGAAAACAGAGGCAUGGAACACCAUGAUAAUCAAUAGCAUUCUCCGCUCUCUCGUCUCAGAAUCGCCGACAACAUCAGAUGCCAACCCUUCAUACAAAUAUACUGUCAAUAGUACCAUAAUCCAACACCUUGUGCCGACUACUGCCAUCCAGCGGGCCAAGGCUAUGCAAGAAAGUCCUCAACAGUCUAUUAAUAAUACUACAGAUGUUUCCGGUAUCAAGAAAAUUGAAACUUUAGGAACGGAUGGAAAGCCUCACGUAGGUCGAAGAGGUAUGCAUAGUGCAACGGGCGCGUAUUGGAACGAGAAAACAGAUGGGAUGUGGAGUUUCAAGUUUGAGGGUGGUGAGAAAAAAGGCUUAGACGCUGUAAUAAGUAUUGUCUGGAUAGCGAUAUAA